UUGACACUUUGCGCGAAAGAUACCGUCCGUCGGUUGUGUGUCUGUUUGCGUGAGCGAACUCCCAAAACUAAAAGACAGAAGAAUAGUGAUUCCGAAAAGCAAGAUUCAUGAUUUUGAACACUUCGUUCCUGCGAUAGAUUCCCCCUGAGCGAACGAUUGUUUUUGUUUGUAGUGUUGAAGGUUGAUGACAAUCGGAUAGUGGGUGUGGACGGAUAGAAAACAUUUUGUUUUUCAGCAGCUCCAAGGGUCGACGAUCGACGGAAAAAUUCCAGCGCAAAGAGGCACAAAUUAAUCCUCCCUUUUGUGUAGCGAACAUAAUCGGAAAGUGCUCGAGCGAGAGAGGACACACGAAAGGGCAAUUCAGGGAGCGAGAGCGCUUGAGAGAAAGAGUAAAAAGAUACAAGAGACUAUUUGAUAGCGGAAUCCUGCGAAUCGGCACCAGACCGGACGGAGGAAAAAAAACACAAGCAGAGAGAAAGAAAAAGGACAAAAUUUUGUUUUAGGUACCCUUCCGAGAGUUGCUGAAUAAUGGCCAAGAAGACGUACGAUUUGCUGUUCAAGCUACUGCUGAUUGGAGACUCCGGCGUAGGAAAGACUUGCAUUCUGUUUCGAUUUUCGGAUGAUGCGUUCACAUCCACUUUUAUCUCUACCAUCGGCAUCGAUUUCAAGAUCAAAACAAUCGAACUGCGCGGCAAGAAGAUCAAGCUGCAAAUCUGGGACACUGCCGGCCAGGAACGGUUCCACACAAUCACCACCUCGUACUAUCGGGGAGCGAUGGGCAUUAUGCUGGUGUACGACAUCACCAACGAGAAAAGUUUCGAUAACAUAGUGAAAUGGCUGAGAAAUAUAGACGAACAUGCCAACGAGGACGUGGAGAAGAUGAUCCUGGGCAACAAGUGUGACAUGACAGACAAACGAGUUGUCAGCAAAGAGCGAGGGGAGAGUAUCGCACGCGAGCACGAGAUUCGCUUCAUGGAAACGUCGGCCAAGGCUAACGUCAACAUCGAAAAAGCAUUCCGAGAGCUGGCGGAGGCGAUUCUGGACAAAACGGCCGGCAAGGAAAAUACCGAAAACCCGGACCGCGUCGUGGUGAAUCGUGGUAUCGGGGCCAUCACCGGACCACAGGGCCACCGAACCAUAGGGGAAAAGGCGUGCUGUGCGUAGGUGAAUCGGAAUCGGUAUCAUGUGAGCCCAUUCGCCUCCAUGUUUUUUAUCUGCGUGUGUGUGUGUGGAUAGAAACAUGUUUAUAUGCUUACUUUGAACAGAAAUUAUUUUAUUUUUUCGCGGGGAGAAGUACUUUGGGGGGAACCGAAAGUCAUGGAUUGCCAAACUGAAAUCAUAAAAAUAACAUGGUGUUUGCCGCGGGUGGGAAACUGAUUUAUGAGAUUUACUAUUUCUAUGUGUGAUAUAGUUGAGCAGAAGCGUGCGAAACGGGAGAAUAUGUCAGUUCAUCUGCAUGUAUCCUUACAUACCUAGCUACAGGAGCCGGCAUUACUACAAUUGCAUCUACGUUGAAUAGUGUUUUUUGAUAUAUUAGAUUUUCACAGAGAUCGAAAUUCUCGUUCAGCUGCGGGAUAAGUAUUCAGUCAAUCAAUCUAGUUCUCGAUGAGUUGUGCAAUAUUCAAAUUUUUGUCCCUUUCUUUUCACCGACAAUUCUUUUUCAGAGCGGGAUGUGGCGAAAACUCUCUCUCUCUCUCUCUCUCUCUCUCUCUCUCUCUCUCUCUGAAGUCCAACGAAAAUGCUUUUUGGUUUUUCCAGCUGUGUGACACCCGCCAUGUUUUUGAUGCCAACAUCUCAAACGUCAAAAGUAUUUGUUUUCUUCAAAACAGCGAUCCGCGUUGGCGGCAUUGUGCUUCGUUUACUAGUUAGGUUCAUUCCGACUGAAAAUCAGCGAAUAGCUGAUCGUGUCUUCUAAUCUGAUAGAGAUUUCACUAACGAGUUUGGGACACAAAUUAUGGCCAUAAUUUGAAGUCGCCACCAGACGUCGACACCAUCGCAAAUUACCAAUUUACCACCAUCUGACAUAUCGUGAUGUCGAUGAUGAACUUUUACAGCAGAGGGAUAGUGAGAUAUGCGAUGACGGUAGGUAGAGUGAGAUAGCGAUAAUCGUGCAUUACACCUGGGUUUUUAAUUCGGUUUUGUGAAUAUAAAAAAUUAAACAAGAUGUGGGCAAAACAGUUGACCUUAAUGAACGGUACAUUGACCAAUCGUUAUUCUAAGUGAACCGAUUCUUUUGAGCAGUUCACUCACUCUUUCGUACAUCAGAAGAAAAUAUCAAAACAAUUAUACAAAGUGUGGGAUGUUAUGUAGUAGGGGAAGACGGGAUAAGACCGCCCCUAAGAAAACCAAUUUUCAGUUAAACGUCCUUUAGGAUUUCCUCUAUUGGUUGUGCUACAUAUCAAUGAGUAUAUAAUAAUCUACUACUAAAAAAUGUGUAACUGUUGAUUGUAUAACUUUUCUGCGUUUUUUCAUUAAUUUUUUAAAUGACAAAAAAAACACUUCUUAUUUUGCUGGCGGGGUAAGAAGAGCCAUUCGCGGGGUAGACGGAGCGAUACUAUUUUCAAACAGUUUAGUCUAGUAAAAAUAACAGGAACAGUGUUGUCUAAGAUACUAAAUGUUUAGGGUUGUUCGGAAACUACACACAAACUCCUGAAAAAACUAUCUAUAUUCCAUGUGCAGAGUUUUCAAAAAAUUCGUGAAAAAUUUACCAAAUUAUCGGACGAUUAUCUACGUGGGUCUAAAACCUCUCAAAAUCUGUUCACGUGAAAUCUUAAUGAUCCCGAAGUAGGUAUUUCUGGUUCCGAUUCGAUUUGUUCAUAUCAAAUCGUGUGGCGCUUUUACCCCGUCGAAAAUAGUCCGUCUUCCCCCCAAAGCACCUUUUGCAUUAUUUUGCACUUUUCACGCAUUUUAUAUUAUAUUUUACAUACCUUUUCAUGCAGGCAGAACCGGAACAAUCUACUGAAGGACUACUGGCAACUAACGGAAUAUACAGUUUUUGCUGAAGAAAUCCUUAAAAAUUAGAUCGCUUGCAACCGCAAUAGACGAAAAUUUUGUUUUGUUUACAAUUUUGAUAUUUCGUGCGCUCAAGUGUUGCAAGGCGUUUCGAAAUGACAAAAGUAUGCUAUUAAUGCUUCUUGCGCAGCAUAUUACUAGAAACUAGAAGUGGUCCGUCUUACCCCGUCUUCCCCUACCAUUCUGUUCAUUCAUAAAAUGCUGUUUGUAGGAAAUAAUUGUUCGUUCGAAUUUUUGUUUAAAAUAAUUCACCACGAUAGAGAAUCAAUCUUUGAUUCUGUUUUUUUUUUGAGCCCGUGAUUCUUUUUUCUUUAUACAAACUAAUAAAUAGUAAAAAAAUAAAUAAACAGAUUAGCAUUUCAACUUGAGGGGAUGUUCACAUACCACGUGGACAGAAAAAGCACGAUUUUAGACACCCCCUCCCUCUUCGUGGACAAGCACGAACAUUUUCUAUAUCCCUCCCCUGUUGUCCACGUGGACACUACUCUUUUUUGUCUGUGUUGUUCACAUAUUUGCAAUUAAUUAGUAUAAAAUGGAAUAUGGAAUAAAGUGCAGUGUAAUAUCACACCAUAUUUACUAAACGAACGAACGAAGGGCCCUGCCUUAUGAAACUAUACUGUUUUUUUGAGUUUCCAAAAAUAUGCACGAGGUCGGUAGAAAUUAUUUGAAAUAUUGUAAAGCUGACAAUUUGAUAUUAUUAUUUUGUAAAGGUGUGAAUCAUUAAAAAAAACCUCAGACUUCAGGCACUUCAGAACAAACUAUUAGGCGUGGUUUCGACCAAGCUGCGGCAUAUUGAAACUUGUAAUUUGCACCAUGCAGAGAAAAUUGCUCGUUUGAGUUCUUCAACACUCACUUCCAUACUGUUUGUUAGCUGCAUCUCCUUUUCGAUUACUCCCCGUAAGCUCAGAAUCUGACACCCCUGUUUAAUAAACUAUGUCAAAGCCGUCCGUCUUUCAUGAAGUGAUGUUUUAUUCUGUUAAAAUACUCUAAUCAUCACGGUGAUUUCGGUGCAAAUACGGUAGAAAACGAUUCUAUAGUACUUUGUUGUACUUCUGGAUGUUCAUUUGUGUUGAAAAAAUACUCCUUAAACCAUCCACAUCCCAGCAAAAAUAAAAUCGUAUAACUAGCAUAUAUACAGCAUAAUAUAUCCCAUAUUUUGGAUGGUAUAUGAUGUACAUGUACAAUUUGUUUAUUGGCCCAAAUAAUGACCUGUGCAAAGUUUCAGCUCAAUCGGACAUGAUUAAGGGGUGCCUCAAAGCACUAAAAGUUUGGUUUUUUGACCACUCAGCCAAAAAGAUCGAUUUUCGGCCAAAACAUGUUUUGAGAUAACACCAGAUCUCGACGUUUUAUGCAUUUUUAAGUCAUUUGGCAUCGAAAAAAAAAUCUAUUUGCCAAAUUUCCUUCACCCCCUUUGGAAGUUUUUCGAGGAUCAAAAAAUCAAAACGUUGAGAGCUUUGAGGCACCCCUAAAUCAUGUCCGAUUGAGCUGAAAGCUUGCACCGGUCAUUUUUUUUGAGCCAAUAAACAAAAUGUAUAUGGUCGGUUCUUUAAAUUCGAUAAUUUUUUUUCCAUACCUUCAUACCUUCUCAGCCUAGGUCCCGAAUUUUUUUCGAGAUGACAAAAUUUAGAUUUUCCAAAUUUCCUUUGGAUGAACAGCAACAGCUAUCUCGCACGGCUACCUGGAAUAUAAUUCUAGAGCAGUUAAAACUCGCACAUAUUAUAUGGAAAAGAUGCAUUCGUCAUCCUGGUCGUUUAUUGUAUUUUAGCGGAAAUAUCUUGAAAUGAAAUGUUACUUGAAAUGGUCAAGUAAUGCUCAGUGCUACGUGUUUUAAGUAAUCAAAUAACAUGAGGUAAAAAUUCAAAUUUUACCAAUUUAAAGCUGCUUUCGGGCCUGCUGAUUUGGCAGAUUUCCACAGCAUGUAAUACAAUUUUCGCAGUACUACAUUGAUUCAAUUUAUAUGUUCAUGCGACUCACAAACUGCAUCAGCCUGAUACGCAUAUAUGACACCAUAAAACCGAUGUUUGUUACACCGAAUUAUGACAUGAUCUGUAAUGAUAAAUGAAAUUCAUGUUUUCGAAUUUUAUACGAUUUUAGAUGCACAUAAUGUAUCCUUCGAUCGACAUUAUAUAUGAUUUUGAUUCGAUCUUACUUCAUAUGCGACUUUGAAUAUACUGAGUUAUGCGAUUUAAUGUUUGCUGGGUUGGAAUGCAUACCUAUAGCAUAGUUAUGAAGUACCACCGUUUAGGUUUUUUGGAUUUCUUUGCGCCUGAAUUGACAAUAAAAUUCAAAUGGCUAGUGUUAUAAACGAAAAUGAAAAAAGUAAGAAAAUUCUGUGCAAGAAAUCAAAUGGAUAAUGCUGAUAUCCAAUAGGAGUUAGAUUGUCUUUAGGACAAAACCUAACUGGUUGUUGAAAACUACAAUUUUAUAAAUGUUGUGAAAGGCUGAAUAAUCAUUGACACCAUUGAUGCCAAUCACACUGAUGAACAAGAUGGUACCGGCGAUAUUCAACAAUUUACUGAAUUGCAGCAAGAAUUUCUACGUUCGCGUAUCAUUACAUAUUCAAUACUAUUGCUGACAUCAGGUCGUCUGAACAGCGAUGAGUGUCUCCGGCUUCUACAGAACACAAAACUUGGUUGAAUCUUCGAGCUUUGGGGAAUUCGUGUUUAGAAAAAAAAAAAGAUUUGAGAAAUCAUUGGAGAAGAACUUUUCUGCUAGGAACACUUCUCCAGGGAAAAUGUAGAAAAUGAUUAUAGAACAGCUCAAAAAUUGCUUUGAAAACAGGCUAUUGAAAUCACAAAAAUCUUUAUAUAAACUGGCGCCCGCUCGGAAAUUCAUUGAGUUGUGAUUGCAAAGUAACGGGAAGAUGGUCUCGCUCGCUCUAAACACUAUGAUCUUCUCUCCGAAGCCCAUUUCUUUUCUGCAAUCGGAACGAACGGAGCCUUUAGCGGAAAACAAAGCAUCGAUGACAAUCCGAUACAGAUUAUGCACAAAUGGUUACAUUGACUAUGGAUUUGAUAGCGGAGAAAAUUAAAUGUUUAAUAUGGUGUAGAAAAUAUUUCACCAUAUCAAAGAAACCUCAUUGUUUCAUGAAAGCAGGAGUUAUAAUAUCUAUGUAGACUAAUGCAAAUAAUAAAAAAUUGUUUUCAAAACAGGCUCAUGAAAUCGCACAAAUCUGUCUAUAAACUGGUACCCGUUCGGAAAUCCAUUACAAGAACGUCGUUCGAUGCUUGCUGAAGCGGACACGGGCGGGUGGAGAAUUCUCUAUAAUUCAACAAGGAAAAGAAGUAAUUCAUUUAGUUGUGACUGCGAAGUGACAUGAAAAUAGUCACGCUAACUCGUCAAGCACUAUGUUCUCUCCCAAUCCCAUUUUUCUUCUGCCGUCGGACUGAACAGAAACGCAUUGUUUGGUGGAAGCAGCAGUUCUAUUAUCGAACGCUCACGAAGGCCGCUAUAGACCGAUGAUUCCAACUGUCGGGGGUUGGGAAGGAGAGAUUAUCUGGGUAUUUCCGAGAAGAAAUCGAGAAUUCCCUUACUGAGCGUUAAUAAUUCUUUUCUGGCUAAACAAAGUGGUAUGAUAAUCCACCCUGUGUUUAUACCACAGAUAUAACCCACUUCUAGUUUUUGUUCAUAUCAAGACAGAAGCUAAAUCGAAACAAUCAUAUCUAGAGUAAAAUAUCAUACAUUUUUAAUAUUACAAAACACGUUCAUGAAAAUUCUUUGGUAAUGUCUUCAGAAACAUCGAUCACUUUCAGUUUAUGUGCGUUACUUUCAGAACACCAAUUUUUGGAGAACUAUUUUUUUAACAUUUCAUGAACGAACAGUUUGUCCAUCUCUAAACGUUAGUCUAUUGAGCAUAGUCUGUCAAAUCAGAAAUAUUGUUGGCGUGCAAAUUCGUGCAAAAAACACGAUUCUGAAAACCAUUUUUCAUAAUUCGCCGAAAAAUAAAUAUUGCCAUUGCGUUUCUCGCGAAAAUCGAAGUGAGCGUAUAACAUUCUCUCGCCUCUCAGAUUCUCAUCUAUUUUUCCCUGUGGAUGAAAACGAAUGUUUUUUUCUCUCAAGUAGGCGAGUAUUUCGAUCUCUGGUUUAUCAAAAAGUAUCCGCGGAAGUUUUUUCAUUUUUAAAUUAAAUUUUUCUUUAUUGAAAAUCAAUUUAAAUGAAGCAUAAAAAUGCUACUGUUAUCUGUAACAUUUCGCUAUUUUUCAAAAUAAUACACAAAUACCGAAUCUUUUGACUUCUACUACAACAGUUCCGAAACAAGCAAUAGAUAGAAAUCAAUCCAAGCUGUUUGAUGCUUGAUCCUCAGAAACACACACACACACCCAGCUCCUCUUCAAUUACGAUCUAUAUUAUCAACCAUAAUAUGAAUCCAGUCAAAAAAAAAUCACAAUUGUGGCUACACGCUUCUAAGCAAUUCCAGUAACCGCUAUCUAUCAAUAAGACGUUUAACCCCAAAAUGUUGUAAAGCGAAGAAACGAGUGAACAGAGAACCAUUUAUGAAGAUGUUACUUAUCGAGUUGAUGUACGCCUAAUCCACUAACAAAACAAAAAAAAAUAUUUUCGUUGUCUAUUUGUGUGCGAAAUCAAAAAUAACAGCCGGUACUAAAUACUUACUCAAUCACGACGCCGCCUUUCUGGAAAAGGGGCCAACGUUUGCGAUUCCAUUAUCAAGCAUAUGAUUAUUACCAUCAUUGUUAGCCACUUGUGAUAAUCGCGUCUCUAUGAUUGCACACACACACAAUCAAUUCAUUCGCAUUAUUACAAAUAGAGGAAUGAAAAAAAUAACAGUUUUUAUUUUAAACUUUCCUCCGAAAAUGAUGUGAUGUUAUUAUCAGCCUUUCGUUUUGGGAAGAAUGGAAGCGAAAAUCUUAAACCAUUACUCUACUGUAAUAACAACAAAAAAGCGCAAUAGAUGGGAACGAAUGACUGUUGUCGACAAACUCACACACACACACAUAUAACAAUUAUUGUAGGUAUAACAAAAAACAAAAUGCCAGGAUUUUUCGCCUACAUGCAAACACAAAAAAAAAGUGAAGAAACAGCGAACCACCUCAAACAAAUGCAUACACACAGAAUGUGAAACAAAAUUUUCGAAAAGAUUUCAAACGGACAAAGAAUAACUCACUCAUACUCAUUUGCGGAAAAAAGAAGCAAGGCUAAUAUGAAAUGAAAAACAAGUCAUAACAAUCCCAUCAACAUCUUUCAUCUAGUAAUCGUGUAAUAUUCAUUUAACGCAAAAUGCAUAUGUAAAAACAAAAUCAAGGUUAUAGAUAUGCCCAAAAAAACAAAACAAAAAAACGGAUGAUGGUCAUCCAUCUCUAGGAGUGGUAGUUGUUUUAGCAAAACAAAUUGAAUAAUUCGACCAGAAUAAUAAUAAUAUCUAUACAUAUAUCGAAUUUGCGCAGAAAGUGAGCAAACAAAAACAAAGGAAAAGAGGAAAGAGAAGAAAAUACAAGGAACGACUUCAGUUAUCGAUGUAUUUUAUUUUUAUAUAUCAUAAUGAUAAAUAGCUUUCUUAUUUGAAAUGACGCUAGUUAUGUUUACUGUAAUAGAGACAAAGGUAUGCUUUUUAAUUAUAAUAAAAACAAAGUCAAUAAACA